UCUAGUUUGAGAAACAGACUCACAAGUCCUCAACUGGCAGCUUCAUUAAAUAGUACCCUCAAAACACCAGUCUCAACGUCAACAGUGAAGAGGAGACUCGGGGAUUCUGGCCUUCAAGUCACUUUUACUUUAUAUUUUUUACUUAUGUGUUUUUUUCUACCUAACACUUGUUUUUCUUAGAACUUUUUAAAGCAUUGUUGGUUAAGGGCUUUUAAGUAAGCAUUUCACUCUAAGGUUGUAUUCGGCGCAUGUGACAAAUACAAUUGGAUUUGUGUGUGUUCCUCAGUCCCGGGUGCGGCCCCUCGGCAGGUGGAGGUCCAGCCCUUCAACUCCACGGCCCUCAGGGUCACCUGGCGAUCUGUGUUGGCAAGGCAACGCCAAGGCCAGAUCCGUGGUUACCAGGUGCACUAUGCUCACGUGGAGAGCGGCUCAUCACGCACCCUUCCCCGGAUCAAAGACCUGCUAUUGGACGACAGCCAGUUUGUGGAGGAUGACUUUACUGAAUACGAGAUGAUUGUGGGGGGUCUUAAGCCAGAGACCUCUUACUCUGUGUCUGUGGCUGCUUACACCACUAAAGGGGACGGAACACACAGUAAAGCCAGGGUGGUGCAGACACUGGGGAUUGUGCCUGGUGCCCCCUCCCUGUCAGUGCGUCCGGGAUCUGAGUCCUCCGUGGUGGUGAGAUGGGGGCCCCCUUCAAGGGGGUCAGACUCAGGUUCAGGUGCCAAAGGGUCUGAAAUUCAGAUCCAGGGUUACCGGCUACAGUUUGGGCUGAAGAAUGCCACUCCGGACACUAUAGUGGAGUUUUCGUCCAGGGAGCGAAUGUACACGCUCACAGACGUAAUUCCAGGUUUGACCUAUGUCGUUACUCUUUCUGCCAAAAGCCGGUCGGGGUAUGGAGAUGAGUCGUGGGAGGAACUCGAGAUGCCCGAGUACCCACCCAGGGGGUACCCCCAAAUCUUGGAAUCCAUUAAUGCCACCUGCUGUUCACUCCAGUUCUCCUGGCUACCCCCUGUGCCAAGCGAGCGAAACGGCGUGAUCACUGAAUACACAGUAGCUUACCGGGAAGAGGGGGGUCUUGACCCUAUGGGCAUUGACCCUCUCGGUCCUCCUCGCCAGAUCACGCUCCCAGCCAGUGAGUCCAGCUACACCAUCCUGGGCCUGAAUCACAGCACUGGGUACGAGGUGCAGAUGUGUGCUCACACCAGCGUAGGUCCCGGCCCCUUCAGUCCCCCGCUGCUGUAUCGCACAAUGACUUUCGAGACAGGUAGGGCUGGCCUGGGGCCUGUGCACAGGGCUCAGGAGAAACCCCCUUAUUCACUCUAAGCACUGGUCUAGAGUCAUAGUUGUCUGCCUUAAUCUGAACCUUGAAUAUCAUAGUCCAAAAUGCAAAGCUGACUCUGGGCCAGUUCUAAGGAGUGACUUUCAUCCACAGAGUGGUUGAAAACUACAAAGUCCACUGGAAAAUCCCAGUCUCCUCCAACCACCCACACCCACCACCUCCUCCCUCACCUACCCCUCACCUCCAAGGAAAAUGGACUGAAUGCCACAGGAAUGAAUGUAUGGAGAACACUCUCACACACCCACAGGUAAAAGUCAGCAGAAAAGCCGGGUUGGUUGUGAACUGUGAGGUAAGUGUUGAGUCUUGGCUCAUUGGCUGAACGAGGCUUUAGUUUAGACACAUGGUUGGUAUCUAAAGGUAAGCUUUUACAUCAGUCAAUCCCUCACCUCCUUUUGGAUUGACUGAACCUAUUCCAACCUUUGUUGACAUGUCGUUGGUGUGUUUUUUAACCCUAACACUCCCAGCAGGCACUAAACCACUAAACACACACAUUCUUCAGUUCUGUUUCUCACCCUCCACUCCUCAUUCUGAUCAAUCAAUCCACCUCUUCACCUCCUCCUCCUCCAAACCUUCAUCUAUCGUUCCCACUAACUUGAAUUCAGAUCAGUCUAAAGACAUGCUUCUACCCCGUCACUCACACAGACACCCACUCACAGGUCUACAGGGUGGAAACGGAGGAGUGGAGAGGUUGAUUGGCACAGGGCAGUCUAGAUUGACCCUGCCUUGACUGUGUCUAUAUGUAUCUUACAGGAGAAUGAUGUACGUCUAACCUCCCCUCAUUCCCUUCACAGCGACCCCAUAACCCUUUGAGAAUAUAGUUAUUUCGAAGUUACAUAUUCUGUGUGUUCUGUUCCGGGAAAUCUACCAGAGCGAGUUAGGCUAGAAUGAGAUAAAGUAGGAUUAGGCAGAUGAUGUCAUAGUAAAGAGGAAGUACAGUGCACACAGGAGCCAACGGUUCUUAUCUCUUCUAUUCUUCAAUUCUAUUCACUCUUAGUUGGUACCCAGUGCCCAUAUACAUACUUCCUAAAGAAUGUUGAGAUGUAUGACAUCACUGUCGUGUCCUUCUUCAUCUUAUUUUAGGAAUUGGGAUCCUUUGUUAUAGAACCUACUAGAAUGGGUUGGUAGCCUCUCCACAAAGGGUUGUGGACCGUUGAGACAUGUGAAUAGGGCGGACUACACCUCAACUGAUCAUUUGUCUGUUCUCCAUCUUCC